CUCAUCACACACCGACCAAGAUGGCAUCGGCAGCCGGCGCAUCCAGCGGCUCCCGCUUCAGAGCCUUCAUGAACCACCCGGCAGGACCCAGGACAGUCUUCUUCUGGGCCCCUCUGAUGAAAUGGUGUCUAGUAGCAGCCUCUCUAAAGGACCUCUCCCGACCAGCCGAGAAGCUCUCCAUGUCGCAGAAUGUCGCCCUGUCCGCCACGGGAAUGAUCUGGGUACGAUACUCCCUGGUGAUCACACCUGUCAACUACUCCUUGGCUGCUGUCAACUUCUUUGUCGGCACGACGGGACUGAUGCAGCUGUAUAGGAUUUGGGACUACCGUUCAAAGGCAGGCAAGGAGGGCGUGUCGGCCAUGCUCGAACAAGAAAAGGCCCAGACCAAGCCCUGAUCGUCGUAGAGUCUACAGUCGCUUAUCUGUCCAUGCGCCACUGACUGUAGCAAUUACAGACUUGUCUCACUCGAAUGGACGGUGUGAUGCUAGCGAAUCUCCACCUAGCUUGAGCCUGAUCCGAGUCGUGACGCGGGAGUGGCAGGCGUACAAGUAAGAUUACAUGGAAAGCACGGGAUAUCUCAGCAUCCGACUAUAGUACAUGUCGACGAGCGAAAAAGUCUACUGAUCACUUGAAUAGGAUGAUCAAAGUGACGAGGAGAACAAUGAGCAUGAAUAGAGAGCAGAGGGAGGCAUGCUCGUUCACUCCCCUC